UCCUGUUCUCCAACGCCUCCUAUCAAUUCCUCUGAAGAAGACUUCCGGUGGUGUUUUAAUGGCGGUGGCAUGGUGAAUUCUACACUAAAAGAAAAAUACUCGCCCCUUUGGUUCACUCCCAUUGAUUCGGGACGGCUUUCCACCCAUUUUUUAGCUUGACAGACCCAUCCUCAUACCGUGGAUUUAGCAACACAAGCGCUGUGGUGUCUCUCGGCCCGGCCAUGGCGGCUCACAAACCAGUGGAAUGGGUCCAGGCCGUGAUUACUAGAUUUGAUGAGCAGCUUCCAAUCAAAGUUGGACACCAAAAUACUCACACAAAAAUCAGCACAGAGCACAACAAGGAAUGCCUGAUCAACAUCUCAAAGUACAAGUUUUCACUUGUCAUUAGUGGCCUCACGACUAUUCUCAAAAAUGUCAAUAACAUGCGAAUAUUUGGAGAAGCAUCGGAGAAAAACCUCUACCUCUCACAGCUCAUCAUCCUGGAUACAUUGGAGAAGUGCCUGGCUGGGCAAUCCAAAGACUCCCUGCGGCUGGAUGAGACCAUGCUAGUCAAACAGCUAUUGCCAGAGAUUUGCCAUUUCAUCCACACGUACCGUGAGGGCCAUCAGCAUGCAGCUGAGCUCCGAGCUUCAGCCUCAGCUGUUCUCUUCUCUCUUAGCUGCAACAAUUUUAAUGCUGUUUUCAGUCGAAUUUCCACCAGGCUACAGGAGUUGACGGUGUGCUUGGAGGACAAUGUAGAUGUUCAUGACAUAGAGCUGAUGCAGUACAUUAAUGUGGACUGCUCCAAGCUCAAGAGGCUGCUACAAGAAACCGUUCUAAAGUUUAAAACCCUUAAAAAGCCUGCACAACUAGCAGUCAUCAACAGUUUAGAAAAGGCAUUUUGGAACUGGGUGGAAAAUUAUCCAGAUGAAUUCACCAUGCUCUACCAACGACCUCAAGCAGAUAUGGCAGAAGCUGCUGAGAAGCUGUUUGACCUGGUGGAUAACUUUGCAGAGAGCGCUAAAAGGAAGGCUGCAGUGUGGCCACUUCAGAUCAUUCUCUUGAUCCUCUGCCCAGAGAUCACGCACACAAUCUCCAAAGACACUGUAGAAGAUAGCAAGGCCAACAAGAAACUUUUUUUGGACAGUUUACGGAAAGCUUUAGCCGGUCAAGGUGGAAGCAAGCAGCUGAUGGAGAGCUCUGCUAUUGCCUGUGUUAAACUGUGUAAAGCGUCAACUUACAUUAACUGGGAAGAUCACUCAACUAUUUUUCUUCUUGUCCAGUCCAUAGUCAUGGAUCUCAAGGCGUUGCUAUUCAACCCAGCAAAACCCUUUUGGAGGGGGGCGGGCAGCCAGAAUGCUGACAUUGAGCUCAUGAUGGACUGCUUUGUCUCCUGUUUUCGCAUUAAUCCUCACAAUAACCAGCACUUUAAGGUCUGUUUGGCUUCAUCUUCUCCUUCUACCUUCCAUUUUGUCCUGGUCAACUCAUUGCACAGAAUAAUUACCAAUUCUCAUUUAGACUGGUGGCCUAAGAUUGAUGCUGUGUACUGCUACUCCGGAGAGCUUCGUUUUAUGUUCUCAGAAACCCUCAACCGGGUUGCCCAAAGCACCCAUGCUCCUCUACGCAUGACACCAAGUUUGACUUUCAAGGGGAAGGUGACAACCAGCCUUAAGUUCAAAGAGAAAACCACAGAACUAGAUACGAGAAGUUACAAGUGCCUCCUGCUUGCUCUGGUCAAACUAAUCCAUGCUGACCCCAAGCUCAUGUUGCACAACCCUGUGAAGCAACCUCCAGAGAUGCAGAGCAGCACAGCUGAGCUCAUCAUUGGACUGGUGCACCUAGUGCCUCUCACCAACACGACCCAACUCUCACAAGAAGCCAUGGAGGCUCUUUUAGUACUGCACCAGCCAGACUCCAUUGAACAAUGGAAUCCGGAUGCUCCUAUAGAGACUUUCUGGGAUAUCAGUUCACAGGUGCUGUUCCUCAUCUGCCGCAAACUGAUUGGCCAGCAAAUGGUCAAUGGCACCGAAGUUCUCAAAUGGUUGCGAGAGAUCCUAAUUUGCAGAAAUAAAUUUCUGCUCAAGAACAAGGAGUGUGCCACCAUGGGUGGAGGUAUUCCAAUUUGCAGGCAGGCUCAGACCAAGCUUGAAGUGUGUCUUUAUAUGUUCCUGUGGAGUCCAGACACAGAGGCUGUAUUAGUUGCCAUGUCAUGCUUCCGCCACCUUUGUGAAGAGGCUGAUAUUCGUAGCGCUGCUGAUGAGGUGUCCGUCCAGACCAUCCUGCCCAACUAUGCUACCUUUAGUGAACUUGCCUCCAUAAGCAACAUGAUGGGAACAGGCCGCUCCACAUUGCAAAAGAGAGUAAUGGCCUUGCUCAGGAGGAUCGAGCAUCCCACACCAGGAAAUAUCGAGGCUUGGGAGGACACAUAUGCUAAAUGGGACCAAGCAACAAAACAAAUCCUAAAUUUCCCCAAAAACAAGGCAGAUGAUGGGCAGCAGGAGUGGAUCAACAUGACAGGCUUUCUGUGCGCCCUGGGCGGUGUGUGCCUCCAGCAACGCAGCACUCCUGGUCCUGCCACCUAUAGCCCACCUAUGGGAUCCAUGAAUGAGCGCAAGCAUUCAAUGAUUUCUAUGGGCCCGUGUGAGCUCUCGAAUCCCAUGGCCUCAGCCUCCUGCUCCUCCUCAGCUUCGAGUGAGACACCAGUCAGCCGCUUUAUCGAUCGGCUGCUGUCCUUGCUGGUGUGUGGCCAUGACAGAGUGGGCCUUCAUGUUCGUACCAACGUUAAAGACUUGCUGGGGAUGGAGCUUAGCCCUGCCCUUUACCCCAUGCUCUUCAAUAAGUUGAGGAACAGCAUUGGUAAAUUCUUUGACACACAGGGUCCGGUUCCAAUCAAUGACACUAACACCCAAUUUGUGGAGCAGACUAUUGCAAUAAUGAAAAACCUGCUGGAUAACCACACAGAGGGCAGUUCUGAACACCUAGGACAGGCUAGCAUUGAGACCAUGAUGCUUAACCUCGUCAGGUAUGUUCGCAUUCUUGGCAACAUGGUACAUGCUAUCCAGAUCAAAACCAAAUUGUGCCAGCUAGUAGAGGUAAUGAUGGAGAGAAGAGAUGACCUGUCCUUUUGCCAGGAGAUGAAGUUCAGAAAUAAGAUGGUGGAGUACCUGACUGACUGGGUGAUGGGAACUUCCAAUCAAGCAGCUGAUGAUGACAUCAAGUGUUUAACAAGGGAUCUUGACCAGGCCAGUAUGGAGGCAGUUGUCUCUUUGCUUGCUGGUCUUCCUCUGCAACCUGAGGAGGGUGAUGGAGUGGAGCUAAUGGAGGCCAAAUCACAGCUUUUUCUCAAGUACUUCACCCUAUUCAUGAAUCUGCUAAAUGAUUGUAGUGAGGUAGAGGAUGAGGGUCAGGCAGUAAGCGGAUGCAAGAGGGGUAUGUCGCGCCGCCUGGCCUCUCUUCGCCACUGUACUGUCCUGGCCAUGUCCAACCUCCUCAAUGCUAACGUGGACAGCGGCCUCAUGCACUCUAUUGGUCUGGGUUACCACAAAGAUCUGCAAACUCGAGCCACAUUUAUGGAAGUGUUGACAAAGAUCUUGCAGCAGGGAACCGAGUUUGACACACUGGCUGAGACGGUUCUGGCUGACCGCUUUGAGAGGCUGGUUGAGCUGGUCACUAUGAUGGGAGACCAGGGAGAACUACCUAUUGCCAUGGCACUGGCUAAUGUUGUUCCGGGAUCCCAGUGGGAUGAGCUUGCCCGGGUCCUGGUGACACUGUUCGACUCCCGUCACCUCCUCUACCAGUUGCUCUGGAAUAUGUUCUCCAAAGAGGUGGAGCUUGCUGACUCCAUGCAAACCCUUUUUCGGGGAAACAGCCUGGCAAGCAAAAUAAUGACCUUUUGUUUUAAGGUCUACGGAGCAGCAUACCUGCAGAAGUUACUGGAGCCUUUGUUAAAAGGGGUCAUAUCAACCCCUGAACACAUCAGUUUUGAGGUGGACUCCACUCGACUGGAACAAGGUGAGAACUUGGAAGAUAAUCAGAGAAACCUGUUGCAGAUCACUGAAUGCUUCUUCCAUGCCAUCAUCGGCUCAUCCAGCGAGUUCCCCCCUCAGCUUCGCAGCGUGUGCCACUGUCUCUACCAGGCUACUUGCCACUCUCUACUGAAUAAGGCAACUGUAAAAGAAAAAAAGGAAAACAAAAAAUCAGUGGUGAGUCAGAGAUUCCCGCAGAAUAGUAUUGGUGCAGUGGGCAGUGCCAUGUUUCUGCGAUUUGUUAAUCCAGCUAUUGUAUCUCCAUAUGAGGCUGGUAUCUUGGAGAAAAAGCCUCUUCCUAGGAUAGAACGAGGUCUCAAACUCAUGUCUAAGAUUUUGCAGAGCAUUGCCAACCAUGUCUUAUUUACAAAGGAAGAACACAUGAGGCCUUUCAAUGAUUUUGUGAAGAACAACUUCGAUUCAGCCCGGAGCUUUUUCUUGGACAUAGCUUCUGACUCGCCACCCAGUGACUCUGUGAACCACAGCCUUUCCUUCAUCAGUGACGGUAAUGUUCUCGCCCUCCACCGACUAUUAUGGAACAACCAGGAGAGAAUUGGCCAGUACCUCUCCAGCAACAGAGACCACAAAGCUGUUGGCAGGCGUCCUUUUGACAAAAUGGCAACCUUGCUAGCAUAUCUGGGGCCCCCUGAACACAAGCCUGUGGCUGACACUCAUUGGUCAAGCCUCAACCUAACCAGUUCCAAAUUUGAAGAAUUCAUGACCAGACACCAGGUACAUGAAAAAGAAGAAUUUAAAGCAUUGAAGACCCUCAACAUCUUCUAUCAGGCUGGUACCUCAAAGAAUGGCAAUCCAGUCUUCUACUAUGUGGCUCGCAGGAGGCCAAGGAAAACCUCAAAACUCCUACUCGGGGAAAUGAGAAACCUUGAGAGAGACCACAGAUGGGAGGAUCCCUCUUCCAGGAUAACCAGGCUGCAAUGGAUGCAGAGAGUUUUACAAAGAUUCAAAACUGGACAGAUAAAUGGAGAUCUGCUCAUCUACCAUGUUCUCCUCACGCUGAAACCUUACUACGCCAAACCAUAUGAGAUUGUGGUAGACUUAACUCAUGUUGGCCCAAGCAACCGCUUCAAGACAGAUUUUUUGUCCAAAUGGUUUGUGGUCUUUCCCGGUUUUGCAUAUGAAAACGUAGCUGCUGUCUAUGUUUACAACUGCAAUACUUGGGUGAGAGAGUACACGAAAUACCAUGAGCGGCUUCUGACUGGUCUAAAAGGUAGUAAGAGGCUCCAGUUCAUCGACUCUCCAGCUAGGCUAGCUGAGCACAUUGAACCUGACCAACAGAAGCUACCUGCUGCCACACUUACUCUGGAGGAAGAUCUCAAAGUUUUCCAUAAUGCCCUCAAAUUAGCUCACAAGGAUACUAAAGUUUCAAUAAAGGUUGGCUCAACAGCAGUGCAAGUCACCUCAGCUGAACGGACACGUGUUCUUGGACAGCCUGUCUUCCUUAAUGAUGUCUACUAUGCCUCAGAAAUUGAGGAGAUAUGUCUGGUAGAUGAGAGCCAGUUCACACUCACCAUGGCCAACCAGGGCACACCUCUCACUUUCAUGCAUCAGGAAUGUGAUGCAAUUGUUCAGUCUAUUAUCCACAUUCGAACACGAUGGGAGCUGUCACAGCCUGACUCGAUCCCCCAGCACACCAAGAUCCGACCCAAAGAUGUUCCUGGCACGCUGCUAAAUAUUGCUCUGCUCAACCUGGGUAGUUCUGACCCCAGUCUCAGAUCUGCGGCUUACAAUCUGUUGUGUGCUUUGACUUGUACCUUCAACCUGAAGAUAGAAGGGCAGUUGUUGGAGACAUCAGGCCUCUGCAUUCCAGCCAACAACACUCUUUUCAUAGUGUCUAUCAGUAAGACACUUGCUGCCAAUGAACCCCAUCUGACGCUGGAGUUUCUGGAGGAGUGUAUCUCUGGUUUCAGUAAAUCCAGUAUCGAGUUGAAACAUCUUUGUCUGGAGUACAUGACACCCUGGUUGCUAAACCUUGUUCGCUUUUGUAAACACAAUGAUGAUGCCAAGCGGCAACGUGUCACUGCCAUUUUAGACAAGCUCAUCACCAUGACCAUCAAUGAAAAGCAAAUGUAUCCAUCCAUUCAAGCUAAGAUCUGGGGCAGCCUGGGGCAGAUAACUGAUUUAUUGGACGUGGUGUUGGACAGCUUUAUUAAGACUAGCGCCACAGGAGGGUUGGGCUCUAUCAAGGCCGAGGUCAUGGCUGAUACUGCUGUGGCUUUGGCAUCUGGAAAUGUCAAAUUGGUCUCGAGUAAGGUAAUUGGCCGAAUGUGCAAGAUCAUCGACAAGACGUGCUUGUCACCAACACCAACACUAGAGCAGCACCUGAUGUGGGAUGACAUUGCCAUUUUGGCGCGAUACAUGCUAAUGCUUUCCUUCAACAACUCUUUGGAUGUUGCUGCCCACCUGCCGUACCUGUUCCAUGUUGUGACCCUGCUGGUAGCGACUGGGCCACUGUCUCUCAGGGCCUCUACCCAUGGUUUAGUCAUCAAUAUCAUUCAUUCCCUUUGUACUUGCUCACAGCUUAACUUCAGCGAAGAGACAAAGCAGGUGCUGCGAUUGAGCCUGACAGAGUUCUCCUUGCCCAAGUUUUACCUGCUCUUUGGGAUCAGCAAAGUCAAGUCAGCAGCUGUCAUUGCGUUCCGCUCCAGCUACAGAGACCGCUCCUUCUCCCCAGGGUCAUAUGAAAGGGAGACUUUUGCCCUGUCUUCCUUGGAGACUGUCACAGAGGCCUUACUAGAAAUCAUGGAAGCUUGUAUGAGGGACAUCCCAGCUUGUAAAUGGUUGGACCAGUGGACAGAGCUUGCACAGAAGUUUGCAUUCCAGUACAACCCUUCCCUCCAGCCCAGAGCCCUUGUGGUGUUCGGAUGCAUCAGUAAAAGGGUCAGCCACGGUCAGAUCAAGCAGAUAAUCCGAAUACUUAGCAAGGCCAGCCCUCUCCUCAGCAUAGACCGGGGUCUUGAAAGCUGUCUUAAGGGUCCUGACAAUUACAACAGCCAAGUGUUGAUAGAGGCCACUGUCAUUGCGCUGACCAAGUUGCAACCUCUCCUCAGCAAGGAAUCUCCUAUGCAUAAAGCUCUGUUUUGGGUGGCAGUAGCUGUACUUCAGUUGGAUGAAGUAAACCUAUACUCUGCUGGAACUGCUUUGCUGGAGCAAAACCUCCACACUCUUGACACAAUGCGUGUCUUCAAUGACAAGAGUCCAGAAGAGGUGUUCAUGGAGAUUAGGCGCCCUUUGGAAUGGCACUGUAAGCAGAUGGAUCACUUUGUGGGCCUCAACUUCAGUGCCAACUUCAACUUUGCACUUGUGGGCCACCUACUCAAAGGCUACAGACAUCCAUCAGCCACCACAGUAGCAAGAACAGUGAGAAUCCUGCACACGCUGUUGGCUCUUAUCAGCAAGCACCUAAAAUGUGACAAGUUUGAAGUGAACACCCAGAGUGUGGCUUAUUUGGCUGCACUGCUUACUGUUUCUGAAGAGGUCCGAAGUCGUUGCAGCCUCAAACACAGGAAGUCACUGCUGAUUUCAGACCUCUCAGUGGACCCCGUACCAAUGGACACCUACUCUACUCUUAUCAGUGAUCCCAGCUGCAGACCACUGCGAGAAACACAACCAUGGACAUCCCCUCAGUUUUCAGAGCGCUAUCUUUCAGCUCAUUACCCCACAGUGGGGCAGAUCAGCCCACGUACACGCAAGUCAAUGAGUCUGGACAUGGGUCAGCCUUCACAAGCUACUACAAAGAAGCUUUUGGGCACCAGGAAGAGCUUUGAUCAUCUCAUAUCCGACUCCAAAGCACCAAAGAGAUCUGAGAUGGAAUCAGGCAUGACAACACCGCCUAAAAUGAGGCGGGUUGCCGAAAACGAUUAUGAAAUGGAGACACAAAGAAUUGGAAACUCUCAUCUUCGCAAAGUGUCUGUCUCCGAGUCCAAUGUUCUGCUGGACGAGGAGGUGCUAACUGACCCUAAGAUCCAGGCUCUCCUUCUCACUGUGCUGGCCACCCAGGUUAAAUACACCACGGAUGACUUUGAUCAGCGAAUUCUUUAUGAGUAUUUGGCUGAAGCGAGCGUUGUCUUCCCAAAGGUUUUUCCAGUUGUUCACAACUUGCUGGACUCUAAGAUCAACACUGUGCUGUCCAUGUGCCAGGACACAAACCUCCUGAACCCUGUUCAUGGCAUUGUCCAGAGUGUGGUGUAUCACGAGGAGUCACCACCACAGUACCAGCCCUCCUAUUUACAAAGUUUUGGUUUUAAUGGACUUUGGAGAUUUGCUGGUCCUUUCUCAAAGCAAACCCAAAUACCAGACUAUGCUGAGCUGAUUGUCAAGUUCCUUGAGGCAUUGAUUGACAGCUACCUGCCAGCAGCUGAGGAGGAGCGAGGGGAAGAGCAGUUGCGAACGCCCACUUCCCCUUAUCCACCCACCAGCCAGAGCCAGCUCAGCAUCACUGCCAACCUCAACCUAUCGAACUCCAUGACCUCCCUGGCCACCUCGCAACACUCACCAGGUGUGGAUAAAGAGAAUGUCCAGUUGUCCCCCAGCUCAGCCCUGUCCAGUGGGGGUCGCACUCGCCACGGCUCAGCCAGCCAGGUCCAGAAGCAACGCAGCUCCGGCAGCUUCAAGAGAACUGGCAUCAAAAAGAUUGUGUGAUGGGCCGUGAAAUCUCCCUGUCGGCGCUUUCCCUUUCUCUUCCUCCUCUUUUGCCCCCCUCCCCAACUCCCCAACCCAUUUGCUAAGCCUGGCCUCAUGCUGCAUUUAACUUUUUACCAUCUUUUUACUGUUUAAAAGCCUCCUCCUUCAUCAUGGUUGCAUAUGCAGGACAGGUGAGAUAAUAUGAUCUUAACAUUGUACUGCUUGAGAUGAUUUUUGAUCGUUGAAGAGGGUAUGAGGGUAUGUGGCCAAAGAGAAGCUCAGCUCGGUGUCAGUCCCCAAGGUCCCGUACAACUCUGACGCUCAUACAAAUCCAGUCUGAACUGUAAAAGGCGACACGGGACGCUUCUUGCCCUCCAAAAAAAAACUGCAUCCUUUGGCCUUCCUUCAAUGAAAGGGCGACAUGGACCAAACGGAUUCUGUAAUAAAGGACCUUCCGGCUGGGCCUCCUCAGAUGAUGAAGUCAUGUACAUGUUUUGCAGAGACAGACUAAAACAACUUGUCCUAAUGUUAAGGAAGAUGUUGACGUUUUCUCCAUAGUGUGCCUUUGUCAGGAUUUUCAGUGUGUACAAUUUGUAAAUGUUAAACCUCACAGGGGGCAAAGAACAGGUACUAAUUACUGAGGUGCAAUGUUGCCAUCACAGCUGGUCUCGAGUGAUCGUCAGCUAUACAAUCAUCCAUAUACCCGAUUGCCUGAAAGUAUUUAAUCCUGUACAGCUAGAUAGUGCUACACAAAUAGUGUUCGUGGGGAAAACAACUUUGUAAAUAGCUCUGUGCUGAGUGUUUAUCUGGCCUAACACUAUUUUUUUAGCGUGAUCAGAUUUUUCAGCAAUGUACACUUUUAAUUUGUUUACACAGUGAUAAUGAAAAAAAUGUUUGUUAGGCAAUAAUCAACUUUUUAUUUGUAUAAUCAAGGGUUACAAUUGGCCUUCACAAACUCAGUAUGCUUCAAACCAACUUGUCAUCGUAAAGCGAAAACAAAACAGGACACUUCACCGGUAACCUUGCCUUCAAAAGAGCGAGAAAUAGCAAUUCAUUCUAAAUUAUGAUUACUUGAGUCAAUUAUUUUGAGUUUAUGUUGCUUUGAGAAGUCUUAAUGGAUGUUGCCCAGUUUCCCAUAAGUGAUGGCAUGUUUUGGACAUUUCAGCUGAGUAGUUGACUCCGUUUUGCCCCAAAUGCUUCAAUUUAUGUCCAUCUCUAGUAAUUACUACAAUUUUGUAAACUCAAGGGAAGUACAUCAAGUUUACAUUGCUAGUACAAUACAAUCAUCUAUAUUGAUGUCUUCAUUUUAAACACAUGUAUUCGGGGGAAAUCGUUAAAUGUCUCUUUGGACAAAACUCCAUGAAGUAAGGCGCCUUUACAAAAAUGUUUCUGAAGUUUAUAAGUCCUUAGUUAUACUUGACUCCUGAGUAUAACUUGGAAUGGUGUGUAAAUUGUAGUAGGUUGAAAUCCGAUUUAUUUUAAAUUGUUAUUCUAUGGACCAAAUGUCUUCAAUCUUAACCGCCAAAACGUAAUUUCAUUUUUCUUAUUCGUCUGAGGAUCAAGCAUCACACAGGCAUCUCUUCACUCAUUCUCACUAUAACAUAUUAAAAUCAUUUGCAUUUCGAUUUGCUUGAAUUUCUCCCCAAACAGUUCAAUUUUUCAAUUGCUCCUUUCAUCUGAAAACCGUCCUAGACAGUUCUCAAUACAUGCUUUUGUUUGAGUCACACGUUGUUUUGAGUUUUUCCUUUGUAUGAAUGAAAAUGGUCAGGAUGAUGUGUCCAUAACCUCUUAACCAAGUGGUUGACUUGCACUAAUUAAAAAAUGGUCCUCAGUUUGUAAAGAAACCCUAAAAAUGUGGCAUGUUUUAUUUGAUGUUAUGCAAAAUUAAUGUUAGUAGUGUACUAGUCUGGGUUGAGUUUUUAAUGCAUUAAGUGUGACAGCUGUAAAUACUUUGUGUACAAUUUGAAAUGGUAUAUUUACUACACUGUAUAUACAUGUGAUAUUGUAUCAUUUUGUUUUUGUAAAGCAGUUAGGUUAUGUAUAAUAAUAUACAAAAUGAGCUAUUUCCGUGUUAGUAAUAAAAUGUUUUGCUCUCCGUA